AUGGCCUACCAACUACCCCCCUUACCGCAACCCAUCGCGGUGUUCGACCAGUUUGUCGCUCGGCAAACCGAAACACUGGUCAUCAAGGAGAAGUUACUCGACAGCUUUGACAUCAAGACACACACAGGGCAACCUGUGCUUCGAGUUCAGGGUCAGCUGCUGUCUAUGAGAGGACGAAAGACGGUCACGGAUUUGGGGGGUGCUCAUCUAUUCGACAUCGUCAAGGAGAUGCUCCAUAUACACGCCACAUUUGCUGCAAAUAGUCAAUCUGGGCAGAGGCUGUUGGAAGUGAAGAGUGGUUUUGCUUUGGUCGGUUCCAAAGCUAGAGCAACAUUUACAAACAGGCGAACUGGCCAGCCGGUCACUCUUUUUAUGAAGGGCAACUGGUUUGACACGUCGGCGGAUAUUGUUGAUGAGGCCACUGGCGCCGUGGUUGCGAGGAUUGACCGCAAGUUGUUGAACAUGAGGGAGGCGUUUCUUGGUCAGCAGACAUACCACCUCACGGUUGCGCCAGGGGCUGAUAUGGCUGUUCUGGUCGCUAUGUGCAUUGCCCUUGAUGAAAAGAACAAUGAGGGACAGGGUGGGUUCUGCACGGUGAUGUGA